UCAAUGACAAAGAGAGAUAAGUGCACAGUGGGGGGAGGUAAUCAAUAGGGGUAUGUUUUUUGAUUCACAAAUCACAGAGGAAGUAAAUGUGCAUUUGCUGGGAGAAAGGUCUGCUCUUAGUAAUUGGCUUCCGGGAAAGAAAUAAAGAGAGAGAAAGCUAAGGGGGGAGAGAGAGAGAGCGAGCGAGAUAGCUUGGAGCUGCUUUCAGGGGGUUCAAGCAACCUUGAGCUUUAAGGGGGGAUGGUAUUAUCUUCUUAAAUUGUCUAGUUCUGCUGUGCCGGUGCAAUAUUAGCAGUACUAGUAGUUUUCUGCAAUAUUCACUAGCAGUGUCUUUUCUGGUGUCUUUUCUUUACCAUUUCUUGUGGGAUCUGGAUUUAAGGCUCUGGGCUUCUUUGGUUUUCCUCUACUCCAUGGCUAGUUUUAGUUUGAUUUUAAUUGUUUGACUAUUUUUAGAUGUGGGUUUUUUCAUAAAGACUGAAUCUUUGAAUCUUCGGUCUUGAAUUUUUACUCUGGUUGUUCAAUUUUCUUUCCUUUUCUCGUCUUUUCUAGCCAUUCUUGGAAAGUCAGUACUUUUAAAAUAGUCUACUAUCUUCACUGGAUUCACUGAUUAAACCUUAAAUUCUGUGGGUAUCACUUAUCCUCUUUCCUUGUAUAUCUUUGUUUCCAAUUGUAUUGUCUGAACGAUUUUCGGCGGAGGUCAAAUCUAGGGUUUCUUGAUCUGAUACUUUUCUCAUUUUCCUCAAUUCUUUUCUGCAAAGUCUGGUCUUCUCGUUUGAAUUAUUUGCUAAAGCCAAUGCUCAGCUUCUUUCCCUCCUUAAGACAGGGAAUUUGAUUUCGGAAAGCAAAGGUUUUGAUUCCUGGAAGCUUUUUAGCUUGAUGACUUUUGCUUUUUCUUGAAAUUAGGUUUGAACUUGAGCCUUUUUCUUUGGAGUUUGCUGGUUGAUGGGCUAAACAUACCCUUUUAUUCUGGUGACUCAUUUAUUUGAUUACUGUUUUCUGGUUUUCUCCUAACCUUCAGAGAGGGAAAAAAAAAAAGAAGAAGCUUUGAUGCAUCUUUCACUAUGGAAGCCAAUAUCUCACUGUGCUGCUCUGAUUUUGGAUAAGAAGAGCAGAAGAAAAGAGGGGUCUAGUCACUCAACGGAGGAAAUUAAGAGAAAUCCAUCAAUUUUGAGGAAAUUGCAAGAGCACAAGCUUAGGGAGGCUCUUGAGGAAGCUUCCGAGGAUGGGUCUCUUGUUAAAUCUCAGGAUAUGGACUCAGAGUCGAUGGCAAAUCAAGACGAGGGCUUGGGCCGAUCGCGGUCCCUUGCAAGGCUACAUGCUCAGAAAGAAUUUCUGAGAGCCACUGCUCUUGCUGCCGAGCGUAUCUUUGAAGCGGAGGACACCAUUCCAGACCUUGAGGAAACAUAUUCAAAGUUUGUCACCAUGUAUCCCAAGUACCAGUCGUCAGGGAGGAUUGAUGAGCUGAGGUCAGAUGAGUACUCUCACCUUUCUGGCUCUAUUCCUAAAGUGUGUCUUGAUUACUGUGGAUUUGGGUUAUUUUCAUUCCUUCAAACUGUGCAUUAUUGGGAGUCAUCUACAUUUAGCCUGUCUGAGAUUACUGCUAAUCUGAGCAAUCAUGCUUUGUAUGGUGGUGCUGAAAAGGGUACUGUUGAAUAUGAUAUAAAGGCCAGAAUAAUGGAUUAUUUGAACAUUCCUGAGCAUGAAUAUGGUCUUGUUUUUACUGUUAGCCGAGGGUCAGCUUUUAAACUGCUAGCUGAGUCCUAUCCUUUUCAUACAAACAAAAGGUUGUUGACGAUGUUUGAUCAUGAAAGUCAGUCAGUGAAUUGGAUGGCUCAAAGUGCCAGAGAGAAAGGUGCUAAAGUUCAUAGUGCUUGGUUUAAAUGGCCAACCCUUAAACUCUGCUCAACUGAUCUAAGAAAGCAAAUUUCUAAUAAAAAGAGGAGGAAGAAAGAUUCAGCAGUUGGUCUUUUUGUCUUCCCUGUCCAGUCUCGAGUUACUGGCGCAAAGUACUCUUACCAGUGGAUGGCACUGGCUCAGCAGAACAACUGGCAUGUCUUACUCGAUGCUGGAGCUUUGGGUCCAAAAGACAUGGAUUCUCUUGGACUAUCUCUAUUUCGGCCUGAUUUCAUCAUAACAUCCUUUUACCGGGUAUUUGGGUACGACCCAACUGGAUUUGGAUGCCUCCUGAUCAAGAAAUCUGUGAUGGGAAGCCUACAGAAUCAGUCAGGCCAUGCUGGGUCUGGCAUAGUGAAAAUUACUCCCAUUUUCCCUCUAUAUCUGAGUGAUUCAAUUGAUGGUUUUCCUGGAUUGAUUGAGGAUGAUGAAGUUGGUGAGAAUGGUGAAACUAAAACUGAAACUCGUCCAGGAUCUCAGUUGCCUGCUUUUUCGGGUGCAUUCACUUCUGCCCAGGUAAGGGAUGUAUUUGAGACUGAGAUGGAACAUGAUAACAGUUCUGACAGGGAUGGCGCGAGCACCAUAUUUGAAGAAACUGAGAGUAUUUCCAUUGGGGAGGUAAUGAAAAGUCCAGUUUUUAGUGAAGAUGAAUCCUCUGAUAAUUCCCUCUGGAUUGAUCUGGGUCAGAGUCCUUUGGGUUCAGAUAGUGCUGGUCAAUUGAACAAACAAAAGGUGGCCUCUCCAGCACCACCAUUUUGGUUUGCUGGCUGGAAGAAUAAUAAGAGGCUGUCACCAAAACUGGCAAAGACACUGAACAGCCCCAUGUAUGAUAAAGAGGCAACCCCAGGGCACACUGAGGACCACAUGCUGUCAUUUGAUGCUGCUGUUCGAUCUGUGUCUCAGGAAUUUGACCAUGUACAGGAGAAUUCUGGUGAAGAGCAGUCAAACGAAAGAAAUGUUAAUCUUAGAGAAAGCAGAAAAGCUCCUGGUAAUCGCCAUAUUCAGGAAAUUGAAGAAGAACCUGAAACCUUGGAAGCAGUUCGGAUGUUAAAUUCUGCUGUCAAGGGAUCUAAUCUUAGAAACUCAGAUUCUCUUUCUCAGUCACGAAUCCUUGAGAAUGGUUCAGCUGCUGCACUGUGUCCCGAGCCAAAAGAGAGUGCUAUAAGGAGGGAGACAGAAGGUGAAUUCAGAUUACUUGAAAGGAGAGAAGGAAACAGAUACGCUGGCGGCAGAUUUUUUGGCAUCGAGGAGAUUGAGCAGCCUGGAAGCAGGGGAAGAAGAGUAUCCUUUAGCAUGGAAGACGCCCAUAAAUCACGUCUCAGCCAUACUACGGAGGCAGGAGAGCUAUCUGCCACAAGCCUGGAUGAUGAGGAGUACGUUAGCGAUGGGGAGUAUGGUGAUGGCCAAGAGUCCGAUAGAAGAGAACCUGAGAUAAUAUGCCGGCAUCUUGAUCACAUAAAUAUGUUGGGACUCAAUAAGACCACCCUUAGACUACGGUUUCUCAUCAAUUGGUUGGUAACAUCAUUGCUCCAACUAAGAGUACCUGGUCCAAAUGGGGAGGAUAAUCUUCCCCUUGUCCACAUUUAUGGGCCAAAAAUCAAAUAUGAAAGAGGUGCAGCUGUUGCAUUUAAUGUAAAAGAUCGGAACAGGGGCUUAAUCAGUCCUGAAGUUGUACAGAAGCUCGCAGAGUCACAUGGCAUCUCUCUUGGUGUGGGUAUUCUUAGUCAUAUUCGGAUAUUAGAUAGCCCAAAGCAGCAACGUGGUGCUUUCAACCUGGAAGAUACCACACUCUGCAAGCCAAUGGAGAAUGGCAGGCAUGAUGUUAGAAGCGGGUUCAUCAGGGUUGAAGUUGUCACUGCCUCUCUUGGCUUUCUAACUAAUUUUGAUGAUGUUUACAAGUUGUGGGCUUUUGUGGCUAAGUUUCUCAACCCCACAUUUAUUAAAGAAGGUGGCCUUCCAACUGUGAUGGAAGAUGCAGAAGCACAAGGCUGAAUGCUAGAAAUGAGCUUUUGCUGACCUUGCCUUGGGGGUGGGCGAGAUCUAAGAGAUGUGAUUGCCUAAACUGGGCUAAAUCUCUGAGACUGCAAAUAUCCAGAUGCAAGAGCGAGGAAGAGAACUGAGAGAUUUUGCUGGAUUUUUUCCCCCCUUUGCGCCAUUAUGCUGCAAUCUGGGUAUAUUUGUUCAUUCGUGGUUUUUCUUGGUUAAAACUGUCAUAUUUUACCUCGUUGAGUUUCUUGUAGAGUUAGCAUUAGAAAUUUGUAUCAUCUGAGGUAGUAGUGAUGACCUAAAGCAGAUAUACCAACUGACAUUUGGCUCGUGACCAAAUUGUUCUCUAUUGUAUGUUAUUGAGAUUAUAUUUUUGCUUGUUUGGCUCUUCAAUGUC